AUGAGGAGGCAAUAUGAACUACUUCAGAUGGAGGAGCAAGAAUCUAUUGCAGAACAUUUCACCAGAAUCAGAAGCUUGACCAACCAGAUGAAGACCUACGGUGAGAGCAUGCUAGAUCAAGGAAUUGUUGAAAAGGUACGCAGAGCCCUUACUCCUAAAUUUGAUCAUGUAGUGGUAGCAAUAGAGGAAUCUAAGGACACUGAAACUCUCAAAAUUGAUGAGUUACAAGGAUCCUUAGAGGCACAUGAAAACAGAUUUAAGGAGAGAUCAGGUGAUAGGGAAUCUGAACAAGCUUUGAGUGCUCAAUGGAGAGGAAAAAAUAAUUCUGGGCAGAAUGAUGUGAAGAAAGAUAAGGGAAAAUGGACUGGGGAUAAGAGGAAUGAUGUUGGAGGCUCAAGCUCACAAGAGCAAAGAUCUCAGAAGUCAAAUUCUGAUUAA